CGAGAGAGAGAAGAAGAGAGUUGUGUGGCCUGGAGGCAUGUCCUAAGUUAGAGAGAAAUAGGGAGAGAAAGUGGUGGAUGGGGAGUCUUUUAGCAAGUUAGAGAGGGAGAGAGAGGGAGUGUGUGACCUGUGGAGUCAUUUCACAGGUUGCAGAGAGAUCGAUCUGUAGAGAGAGUGUGUGUGUGUCUAUGAUGAUGGAGAAAGAUGAGUUGGAUUGGAUUCUUGUGCCGCUGGGGUUGGGUCUCAUGGUGACCUACCAUGUUUGGCUUGCGUACCGCAUCGUGGUUCACCCGCAGUACACCGUCAUUGGCAUCAACGCCGUCAACAGGCAGCUCUGGGUGAAGACCAUGAUGGAAGAUCCUGGUAAAAAUGGCAUACUUGCAGUUCAAACUCUGAGGAACAACAUAAUGGCAUCAACACUCAUAGCAUCCACUGCAAUCAUGCUCAGCUCGUUGAUCGCCGUCCUGAUGACGAGUAACGGGACUGGCCUGUCGUCCAAACCUGGUGCAGAAACUGUUCUUUUCCAAGGCAGCACCAGCAGAUUGGCACUGUCAAUCAAGUUCUUCUCCAUCCUCCUCUGUUUCUUAACUGCAUUCCUACUGAACGUGCAGUCGAUCCGGUACUACAGCCAUGCCGGAAUCCUCAUCAACGUGCCGCUGAAGAAGCAUUCACCAGUUCUCACUCCAGACUACGUGGGGAGGGCCGUUAACCGGGGAAGCUACUUCUGGUCUUUAGGAUUAAGGGCAUUCUAUUUCUCGUUCCCUCUGUUUCUUUGGGUGUUUGGUCCAAUACCCAUGUUCUUGUGCUGCAUUGUUCUGGUGUUCUUGCUCUAUUUUCUUGAUAUUCCUCUUGGUAGCUGCUUGGAUGAUGGCUCCGAGAAGAAUGACAUAGCAGAGAUGGUUUAGAGAGAGAGGGAGAGAGAGAGAGAGAGAGAGAUUCAAUCGAAGUUGAAUCAUGUAGGGAACUGCUAACUCGUAGAGCUUAUCAGACUGGAUAUAUUGAUUGAAGAACAUGAUUCAUUCACCGGAAACUUUGGUUUCUGCUGGGAAAGUAAAAGUGUCCACUGUCCAUGAUCUUUUCUCUUCUUCGUCUUCUCCUUCACUUUCAGGGAUGUCAACGGUCGGAUUUGAGUACGGGUUUAAUCCUUUUAGUAUCCAUGUUUAUAUUUUUUUGAGCGGAAGUCGGAUUCCAAUGUGAAAGAAGAAACAUAUAUACCAUAUCUUAAUCCAAAUCCGAAUUCA